UUUGUGAUGGUCCAGGCGUAAUGGCGACUGCUGAAACAGCAGACUCGGGAUCAACAGUCCCGACAGAUAUAAGGACUCAGUUCUGGAGGAGAGCUCUGCAGCGAGGGGCCAGCAGCAUUCGGAAAAUGGCCCCUGCUGAGUUGCCUGGUUCUUCAAGCACAACUCAAAGUAUGAAGAAGACCAUCGGGCACCGGGGUGUUGAGACCACCACCGGAGAGACCACGUACAAAAAGACCACGUCAUCUGCCCUAAAGGGAGCAAUCCAAUUGGGCAUUGCUCACACAGUUGGCAGCCUAAGCCAAAAGGCAGAACGAGAUGUUCUCAUGCAGGACUUUGUGGUGGUUGAAAGCAUCUUCUUUCCCAGUGAAGGGAGUAACCUGACCCCUGCUCAUCACUACAGCGACUUCCGCUUUAAGACCUACGCUCCUAUUGCUUUCCGAUACUUCAGAGAAAUGUUUGGCAUUCGGCCAGAUGACUACCUGUAUUCGUUGUGCAAUGAGCCACUAAUCGAGUUGUCAAACCCGGGAGCCAGUGGAUCCAUCUUCUAUGUUUCUAGUGACGAUGAGUUUAUCAUCAAGACAGUUCAACACAAAGAGGCAGAAUUUCUUCAGAAGCUCUUACCAGGUUAUUUCAUGAAUAUAAACCAAAACAAGCGCACCCUGCUGCCUAAAUUCUAUGGACUGUACUGCGUUCAGGCAGGGGGGAAGAAUAUCCGCAUCGUUGUAAUGAAUAACCUUCUUCCCCGGAUCAUUCCCAUGCACCUAAAAUACGACUUAAAGGGCUCCACCUAUAAGAGACGAGCCUCUCCUAAGGAAAGAGAAAAAGCUGUUCCUACUUAUAAAGACCUGGAUUUUAUCCAGGACAUGCCUGACGGUUUGCUGCUGGAAGCCGACAACUAUAAUGCCCUAUGCAAGACUAUUCAGAGGGACUGCUUGCUUCUGCAGAGUUUCAAGAUCAUGGACUACAGUUUGUUGAUGGGCAUCCACAACAUGGAACAAGCAAGUCGAGAGCGUGAGCGCAGCGGAGGUAACUCGGGGGACAGCGUGGCCCUGGAAGGUCCAGUGACUCCUGAUCAGCGUCGACCACAAGCCCAGAAAAGUUUGUACUGUACCGCCAUGGAGUCCAUCCAGGGCGAAGCUCGGGUAAAAGGAGCUCUGGAUUCAGAAGACCAUGUGGGAGGAAUUCCAGCUCGCAAUGUGAAAGGAGAGAGGUUACUCAUUUACAUUGGCAUUAUUGACAUUCUCCAGUCCUACAGGUUUAUUAAGAAGUUGGAACACUCCUGGAAAGCACUGGUCCAUGAUGGGGACACGGUUUCAGUUCACAGACCUGGUUUCUAUGCGGAACGUUUCCAGCAGUUUAUGUGCAACACAGUUUUCAAGAAAAUUCCACUUAAGCCGUCACCCUCUAAGAAGAGUCGUGGUGGAGGCCAGGGUGGGCUUAGACGAGCCCCCACUUUGGUGGGUCCUACUCCACUCUCCCACACAGCGGGACAGUCUGCUGGUGACUCCAGACUAGUCUAUCACAGCCAUUUUAAAAGCACUGAGUCAGAGGCUGAGACCGGUGUUCAGUCAGACAAACCAGAUCUGGUUCCUAGGACUCCUCCACCAGCUGACGCUGAGGCCAAUCUAUCCACCUCAUCUCUAGGCAGCGCAGGAGGAGGCUCUGCCUCUCCUCCGCUACGGUCUGUUGGAGUCGAAGUACACAAAUCAGCAAACACAGAUCAUGAUCAGGGAACUUCCCACAGUUUGGGGGCGGAAGGGGCUGCUGAUAAUUCAACCAACGUGUCUGGAAAUGAAGAGGUAGUUUCUCUCUCCGACAUCAUCCCAGAGACUAACAUCUGUUUUUGAAAAAGAACAAAAAAAGAAAAAAACAAACAAACCUGGCCACAUCUAUGAAGAUGAGGCACUUCUGGAUGCGACAAGGUGGUUGGAAGUAAGAUCAACAUGAAUGAAAGUCAUUUGUCCAAGACACCCCUCCUUAGCACUUGUGUAAUUUAGUCAACCUUCAGUAUAGACUUGAACCGCUCCGUGAACAACAAGGAGAGCCGUAAUUUAAAAGAAGUGGACGACUUCAGGCUUCACAGGCUGUGUUUUCACAUUUGAACACACAGCCUGGACAGCUGGUUUUCCACAGCUGUGCCAGAGAAAAGCUUUGGUCACUUGUGUGUUGUAAUGAAGCAAGUCCUCUUUUUUUCUUAUAGACAAAAGAGAUGUGAUUGUGCAGAUAAUCCAGCAGAAGCACACUGAGCUCAGAGCACAUUAAGGGCAAACCUCUGUGGAUGGAGGGAACAAAUGGGUUCUGAAUAUGUGACAACACAUCCUCUGUACCUCUGAUCAGUAAAGACACCCUGAACUGACAAUGUAGUUAAUAGGAACCAUUCAAUCAACACUUGCUGCUUGACUCCACAAUCACAUAUGCAUUUCUUCCCUAUUGUUACCUGUGUACAGUAUUUGUAUGGAAUCAGAAUAAGAGGCUCCAGCGGGUCCGGUCGAACCAAACCUGAGGACAUAAGUUUAGUUUCUUGUUUUAAAUUAUUCUUGUAGAAGCCUCAGUGGUAGUAUCAAGACAUUUGCCACUGAUGAAUGUAUUUUUAUGUUCUUCUGAAGUAGAAUCACUCUUACCACAUUUAUAACAAUCUGAAAAUCCUCCCAGUUCUGACGUAGCCACUAGGGACGCACCAAUUGCAGUUUUCUGGCUGGUCACCGAUCUUUAAAACGUCUGAUCUCCCAUUUCAGAAUACAAUUUUUUUUUUUUUUUCUUAAAAGUUGCUAAAUAUUGCAACAAAGUUCUUAAGUUGGUAACAGUGGGUGGCUAUUGAUAACCUGACCUGCUCAGACCUAAUGGGCGGGUCUGACAGCCAGUCCUCUCUCAGCAGAGCAAAAUGGGAAAGUGGUUGAUUUAAAAUUACUGAUGUAUUGUUGCUCCCCUAGUGGCCAGAUUUGCUGAAGUAGGAAUGACUACAGAGCAAAGUUUUUGCAUCCUGGCUGGAUAGUAGAUGCUGGUAAAUUAAUGUUUUUAUAUAUAGAAUUGUAGUCAUUUUUAAGUUAUUGUCUAUCUGUCAUGUCUGUGCCUUGUGUGUCUUUCUUUGACUUUUUUAUGUAUAGCUGAUAUUGUUGAAGGUUAGUGCUGUAGUUGCACACAGAACCUGCCUUAUCACUACUGCUGAUGUUCAUCAAACUGCCAUUUGUAUGUCCUAACUAACCAGUCAGUUGUGAGGGUUUACAAGAGUUUCAGAUUUUAAUGCAAACACUAACACCAGUUGCCAGUGUGGUUGAUUUUUGUUUCUCCUGACUUCAAACAGGAGUCAUCUCUGCUGGUUACAGAAAUGACACUGAGUCUUAGACCAAUAUUAUUAACCAUGAGUUGAUGGGAAUUUUUUUAAGAGUUUUUGAAAUGAGCUUCUGUUAAAAGGUUGCAAGCAGUAAAUAACUUGCCUGCAGUAGAUAACUGUCUUGGCAUCUUUAUUUAGUAUAAAUCCAGAUUAGUUGGUCAUAGAGGUUGAAGCUAAGUGCUUGUCUGAGAGGAUCCAAGAGUAAAGAGGAUUUCUUAAAAGGUCUUAAAACAAGUACAAUCUAAAAAAUAUCAAUAAAGACUCUUCUAGACUUUGAGAUUUUUCUUUGUAUGGCAGAAUUUGUUGGGUGUGAAUUUGUAGAGGAUGUGUGACUAAGCAAUUUUAAUUGUAGGUUUUUCAUGUCGUAUUAUGUUAGCUCAUCUACAGCUCAUAGUUUCUAUUAGUUUAAACUGUAAUAAAGUUUAAUUAACUUGAUCACAGUAACUCAUUCAGCUUAAGUAAAUAUUAAAAAUGCCCUAAGCUGUAUUGAGACUGAAACAAAAUGUUGGCAUUUAUUAAUCAACAACAAAAUGCCUCUGGGAUUUUUACUAUUACUCCAUUACGUUAACGUUUUAAUGACUUUAUAUGUGAUAUAAAGUGUACUCAAUUUAUUGCUAAAAAUCAUGCUUUUUUCUUGUUUUGUUUUUGGGGGUUUUUUGUGUGUGUCGGUGCGCGAGAAACCCACUGUCUCACAUUCAGCUUCUGAACAAAACAUCGGUGAACAAAAGCUGCACAACAAACAGCCUGUAUAAAAUACAAGGCGCCAGGAAGUCUGAUGGAAAAUAUUCUGGGUUUCAAUCAAAACAUCUAUGUGAAUGCUACUUUAAUAACAUUCAUUAACAAUAUAUGAAAUCAGACACAAAAUCACCUUUGCUGCUUGUAACCUUUAAAAGAACUUGAUUCAAAAAUCCUGAAGAUUGAUGUAUUUUAAAAGCCUUAGUGUUUAUACACACAAAUUUGGUUUCCUUUAUUGUUUUGAAUAAUGAUGUUUAUUCGUGUUUAGAACAUGAAUAAAGCUAAUAACGUAGUUGGUGUGAGUUUUCAGAAGGGACUUCUGUUGCAGAAAUUAGAUUUACUACGAAGUGACUGUAGCAAAACUUGCCAUCUCAUUUCCUGUUAUUGUCUGAAGCAUGUGCUCUAUGCAGCCAAGAGGGAGCAGGAGAAACUAAUCAAGAGAAGCAAAAAGGUUGUGCUCAUACAUGCAGAGUUGAGGGUAUAGAUGUAAGUCUUUUGUAUUCAUGGCACCAAAGAGAGAAGCAGAGCGGACACAUGAGAGUGCGCCUGAGUUGAAGAAUGUGUGAUCCACUCCUACUUGGAUUUAUGUGUUUUUUUACCUGAUAACAGAGGUAACCUGUGUUUUAAGGGUUUAUGAUGAAACUGGAUGUUUGUUUUCCUCCUGAAUCAUUUCAUUUCUGAAAUGCUGAAAUUAUUGUGAAUCCAGUAGAUUUUUAAAAAAACUGUUUUUCUUUAUCAUACAGCUGAAUUUCUUGUCUUGAGACAUUUCAAAUGAUAUUUCCACAUUCCUGUUAAACUUCUAUGUACUACAGCUGUGGUAGCGUUUAGGACCUGCUAUUUCCCACUAUUGUGUUCUGUAGAUGAUGUGCUUCAAGUAUUUAUGCUGAAAUGUUAAAUAUUAACCAUUUGAAACACAUCUGUUGAGUUGCAUUGGCUGAGAGUCAGACAGCCACCAAAAUAACACUCCAAAUAUCUGAUUCUAAUUUGAGAAGUUUAUAUUGUGUUUUCCACAACUGUUUUUUUUUUUUUUUUUUUUUUUUUUUUUUUGUUGUUUUGUUUUGCUGUUUCUUAAAAUAUGUGGUUGUUAGGUUCAGGAUGAAGACCAAGUCUAAGAUUUUCUACCACACUAUGGCACAAUAGAAACAUCUUUUGGUGCUCUGAGGAUGCAGGCAGGUGUAGACACUACAAAGUUGAAGUAAUGCAAUACAAACUGCAAUCUGCCACCUCUCAGCCCUGUGGGGUUUAUUUAUUUAUGCGAUCAAUUGUUGUAGGCUGAAGUGAUAGAAGGUUAUUUACUGUUGAUGAUUGUAAACUGACUGAAGGAUGUCUGAAACUUUAUAGCUUUUAAUGCCUAUAAAGGGAGACUAUUUGACAAUUUCACAUUUUAUAUUUCAUGUUUAGAUUGUGAUACAAUAUUCUCUCCAUCUUUCUGGCUCUUCCAUUGUUUUUCUACAUGAAUGUUUCAAAUGGCUUACGAGCCAGUGUUGCUGGUUGUCCUAUAUGCUUCAAUUACUAUAUUUUUACGGUGUAUAAAUGUGCAUAUGUACAUAUAAGUCACGGAAAUGCCUUCUCAUACAACAUGAACUGCCUGUUCUCCUGCCAUCUUUCAGUUAAAGUAUGUGGUGAUUAUGUUUUUAUGUCUGAUUUGAAGGAUUAAACAUAUUUUCUAAAUCUGU